AAUCUGUGUAUCACACUAGGCUUUCAAGGCCCCCAGUGAAUUGAUUUGAUACAAUUGUACUGAACUUUAGAGAACAUUUUAAAAUCGAUGAAUCUAUUCCGGAAGAAUCCACACUGUCAGAGAGGGGUGGAGUAAAAUAUUAUCCGUACAAAAUAUAUAUACAAAUGUUCUGUAUCGGAAGACGAUUACAGAAAAAUGACUAAUUCAUAUGCCAGUUAUUGGAUCCGUUUGUAGAUGCCCAUUGAAGUUGAUAUAGAAACGGGUAACAUUAGUAGGCCCCCUCCCCCGUCCCCGUUUCGUCUCUGUAGUCAUAAAGUAGUCUGGCUCAGCUGAAAGUCGCUCCUCAGUUGGCAAGAAUGUUUCGGCUCCCACGGAAAUCGCUAUAAUAAUUUUAAAGCAACACGGACUCUGACGUCGGAGGAACGGCAGCGAGCUAGAUGAAUUUCUAGGAUCACUGUCACAAGCCGGUUCAUUUUAAAGACUAGGGUAUAUUUUAAGAGAUACCAGUUCUACAAGCCAUAAAACACUUGUUUUACCGAUAACAUAAAGCUACAGGGUUUCACAACUUCCACAGAGCAGAAUGCCUGUGAAAGGAGUCGGGAAAGUGGCUGCGUAUCCAAGCAAAGGCGAAGCCAUCGGAAGCUCAGGAAUGGAGGAGACUGUUUGGGAGCAGCACACUGUGAACCUACAAAGGGACUCCAAGAUGGGGUUUGGUAUUGCCGUGUCUGGGGGACGGGACAACCCCAACGCGGAUAACGGAGAGAUGUCAAUCAUCGUGUCAGACGUCCUACAGGGUGGACCAGCUGAUGGACUCCUGUUUGAGAAAGAUCGUGUGAUCCAGGUCAACUCCAUCCUCAUGGACAACGUGCCUCAUUCCUUUGCUGUGCAGCAGUUACGCAAAUGUGGGAAGACCGCCAAGAUAACGGUGAAGAGACCUCGGAAGGUGGCUCUCCCCUCCCUGAAGCACCCGCCCUCCCCCGGAGGCGAGAGUCGAGACUUCGGCACCACCCGUUACUAUGACGCCGAUGACAACCAGAGUGACGGGGGCUGGCAACGUGGCAACGGUGGGCCCGGUUACACCCACGAGCCUCGUGACCUCACCCCCGACAACAAGAAUUACCUGGACCCCGACUACGGCAGCCGUGGUAAUCGGGGGAGGAGCCGGGGGAGGAGCCAAGAGAGGGCAUCGCCAAGCCCCGAGCAUCGCCGCGACAACAGCAAGGGGCGGGCCUUGGACCGGGAGCCGCCCAGUCCCGAGAAGCUGCGGUAUCCACGGGAACGCAGCCGGGGGAGCAGCACGGACCGGGAGAGAGGAGAAGGGGGAGGAGGGAGUCCAGGUGGGAGGAGCUACGGCCGGGGGGACAGCUACGAGCGUGGAGGGGGGAGGUACGGGGAUGUGGGAGGUACCGGAGGGAGGAUGGUGAAGAGUAAGAGUAGAGACCAACUCCAGGAGCCUUCCUCCCCGGACCUCCCAAGAGGAGGAGGAGCUAGAGACCUGGAGCCCCUGGAGAAACCUGUUAACGUCCUGCUGGUCAAGAACAGACCCAACGAAGAGUACGGUCUGCGUCUGGGCAGUCAGAUCUUCAUCAAGGAGAUGACCAGUACAGGACUGGCUACCAAGGACGGAAACUUACAGGAGGGAGACAUCAUUCUCAAGAUCAACGGGACAGUAACAGAGAACCUGUCUCUGAAUGAUGCAGGGAAGCUCAUUGAGAAGUCUAGAGGAAAACUCCAGCUGGUCAUCCAGAGAGACCGGAGACAGAUCCUCAUCCGUAUCCCGCCCCUCGUCGACUCUGACUCCGAACCUGAUGAUAUUUCAGAGAUGGAGUCCUACCAUUCCUACUCUCCCCAGGAGGACAGGAGAUCUCGCCAGUCUGACCUGUCCUCCCAUUCCUCUAAUGAGAGAGACUACCCCAGACCUCUAACCAGCUUGGAAGACUCUCCAAGGGUAGCCAAGAUGUCGGCUAUGGCCUCACCUUUCAGGGUUCCCCCUCUACAGGACCCCCCCGCCCCAGGCCCUGCUAACCUGGAAUCAGCGGGUCCACCACGCCUCGACGAGCCACAAGCGUCAGCAAAGACCACUCCUAAGAUCCUGUUACGCCCCAGCCCAGAGGAUGAAGAGCUCUACGGGGCUAACACGGUAAUGGUGAGUUUCCAGAAGGGGGACAGUGUGGGUCUGAGGCUGGCGGGGGGCAACGAUGUGGGCAUCUUCAUCGCUGGCGUCCAGGAGGGCAGUCCUGCCGAGGAGGAGGGCCUACGCACUGGAGACCAGAUCAUGAAGGUGAAUAAGGUAGAUUUCCGAGGCAUCGUAAGAGAGGAGGCUGUUCUCUGUCUGUUGGAGAUUCCUAAAGGAGAGGACGUCACCAUACUGGCCCAGAGUAAACCUGAUGUCUACAAUGACAUCCUGGUGUCUGGUCGUGGGGACUCGUUCUUUAUCAGGACUCAUUUUGAGUAUGAGCGGGAGACUCCCCAGAGCCUGGCUUUCUCCAGAGGGGAGAUCUUUAAGGUGGUGGAUACCCUCUACGACGGCAAGCUGGGCAACUGGCUGGCCAUCCGCACCGGCAAGGACAAACAGCUGCUAGAGAAGGGCAUCAUCCCCAACAAGAGCAGGGCUGACCAGAUGGCGAGCGUCCAGAACUCCCAUAAGGCCGCUGGGAUGGACCGGGCUGAUUUCUGGCGUCUGAGGGGUCAAAGGGCAGCCAAGAGAAAGGAUCUGAGGAAGAGCAGAGAGGACGUCAGCACUACGCCCAUCGCCACACGCUUCCCAGCGUACGAGAGAGUCGUGCUUCGAGAGGCUGGUUUCAGACGUCCUGUGGUUCUGUUUGGACCUAUAGCUGAUGCAGCCAAUGACAAGCUUGCUAACGAGCUGCCUGACCUGUUCAUCAUCGCCAAAACGGAGCCUAAAGAUGCCGGUUCAGAGAAAUCCUCAGGAGUAGUGAGACUCAACACCAUCCGCCAGAUCAUCGAGCAGGACAAGCAUGCCCUGCUGGAUGUGACUCCCAAGGCGGUGGACACUCUGAACUACAGCCAGUGGUACCCCAUCGUCAUCUUCUUCAACCCAGACAGUAAACCAGGGGUUAAGGCCAUGAGGCAGAGGGUGAUACCUGGAUCUAACCGCUCGGCACGCAAACUAUACGAACAAGCUGUCAAACUGAGGAAGACCUGUUCUCACCUCUUCUCUGCUACUAUUGAGGUGAACUCGGUCAACGAUGCGUGGUACGGCAGUGUCAAGGACUCUAUCAGAGAGCAGCAGACUCAGGCUGUCUGGGUGUCUGAGGGGAAGCUGGACGGCACGGGGACAGACCUUGAUCUCCAUGACGACCGCAUGUCCUACCUGUCAGCCAUGUCGGCCGACUACCUGAGCAUGGACAGCCGACUGGCCAGCGACUACGAUGACACGGCGGACGAGGGCGGGGCUUAUACGGAUAACGAGCCGGACAAUGAACCGGCCGAUCAACUGCCGGUGUCAGCUAUCAGCCGCUCCUCUGAGCCCGUGCUGGCAGAGGAGAUAUUGCGCAGGUGCAGUCCAGAGAUCCGUGGUGGCAUCAGGAGGGUGGGCAGCAGGGAGGUGCUCAGCAGCGCCAGCCCAGCGCACGCGUUUGUGCCUGACCCCCCCAAGGUGAAGCUGUUGUUCAGGGAUGAGGUAGUCCCUCCCAGGGGGGUAGUAGGGGCGUACGACGCCCCCCCCAGCCGUGGCUACGACUCCCACUCCUCCAGCCCUGCCAGCAACGACCCCCCUCCUCUCCCUCGCUCCCUCAACUCCUUCGGCAAGGCCAAGCCCCUGGCACUGCAGACCCCCGUCACCCUCAAACCCUCCUAUAAUAUCCAGGACCCCACCAGCAGCACAGCCCCAGUCACAGUGGCCCCUAUGGGCCCGGAGGAACCAGAGGAGAACCCUGAGGACCCCAGCCUCAGGUCGUUCCUGGGGAAGGUCAAGGCCUUUGAGAAGAUGGACCACUUUGCACGCGCUCAGAGGAUGCUGGAGCUGCAGGAGGCACACAACGCCAGGUUGGAGAUAGCUCAGAAGCACCCAGACAUCUAUGCUGUCCCCCUGAAGACCCAGAAACUGGACCACAGCCGGCCUCAGCCUAUAGGUUCCAGCUCGCAUCCUGAGCCCCAGACCCAUCCCUCCAAGCUACCGUACUCUGAGAGUCGUGGGUUCUACCUCAGCGAUGAGGAGGAAGAGUACCGACGCCAGCUGGCUGAACACACCAAGAGAGGCUACUACCAGGUCAACAACCAGAAAUACCAGGACACUGAACUGUAGACUACACCCCUACAACCAGAAAUACCAGGACACUGAACUGUAGACUACACCCCUACAAACAGAAAUACCAGGACACUGAACUGUAGACUACACCCCUACAAACAGAAAUACCAGGACACUGAACUGUAGACUACGCCCCUACAAACAGAAAUACCAGGACACUGAACUGUAGACUACACCCCUACAAACAGAAAUACCAGGACACUGAACUGUAGACUACACCCCUACAACCAGAAAUACCAGGACACUGAACUGUAGACUACACCCUACAACCAGAAAUACCAGGACACUGAACUGUAGACUACGCCAUCAACCAGAAAUACCAGGACACUGAACUGUAGACUACGCCCCUACAACCAGAAAUACCAGGACACUGAACUGUAGACUACACCCCUACAACCAGAAAUACCAGGACACUGAACUGUAGACUACGCCAUCAACCAGAAAUACCAGGACACUGAACUGUAGACUACGCCCCUACAACCAGAAAUACCAGGACACUGAACUGUAGACUACACCCCUACAACCAGAAAUACCAGGACACUGAACUGUAGACUACUCCACUACAACCAGAAAUACCAGAACACUGAACUGUAGACUACACCCCUACAACCAGAAAUACCAGGACACUGAACUGUAGACUACACCAUCAACCAGAAAUACCAGGACACUGAACUGUAGACUACACCCCUACAACCAGAAAUACCAGGACACUGAACUGUAGACUACACCAUCAACCAGAAAUACCAGGACACUGAACUGUAGACUACACCCCUACAACCAGAAAUACCAGGACACUGAACUGUAGACUACACCCCUACAACCAGAAAUACCAGGACACUGAACUGUAGACUACACCCCUACAACCAGAAAUACCAGGACACUGAACUGUAGACUACACCCCUACAACCAGAAAUACCAGGACACUGAACUGUAGACUACACCCCUACAACCAGAAAUACCAGGACACUGAACUGUAGACUACACCCCUACAACCAGAAAUACCAGGACACUGAACUGUAGACUACACCCCUACAACCAGAAAUACCAGGACACUGAACUGUAGACUACACCCCUACAAACAGAAAUACCAGGACACUGAACUGUAGACUACACCCCUACAACCAGAAAUACCAGGACACUGAACUGUAGACUACGCCAACAACCAGAAAUACCAGGACACUGAACUGUAGACUACGCCCCUACAACCAGAAAUACCAGGACACUGAACUGUAGACUACGCCAUCAACCAGAAAUACCAGGACACUGAACUGUAGACUACGCCCCUACAACCAGAAAUACCAGGACACUGAACUGUAGUCUACGCCAUCAACCAGAAAUACCAGGACACUGAACUGUAGACUACGCCAUCAACCAGAAAUACCAGGACACUGAACUGUAGUCUACGCCAUCAACCAGAAAUACCAGGACACUGAACUGUAGACUACACCCCUACAACCAGAAAUACCAGGACACUGAACUGUAGACUACGCCCCUACAACCAGAAAUACCAGGACACUGAACUGUAGACUACGCCCCUACAACCAGAAAUACCAGGACACUGAACUGUAGACUACACCCCUACAACCAGAAAUACCAGGACACUGAACUGUAGACUACACCCCUACAACCAGAAAUACCAGGACACUGAACUGUAGACUACACCCCUACAACCAGAAAUACCAGGACACUGAACUGUAGACUACACCCCUACAACCAGAAAUACCAGGACACUGAACUGUAGACUACACCCCUACAACCAGAAAUACCAGGACACUGAACUGUAGACUACACCCCUACAACCAGAAAUACCAGGACACUGAACUGUAGACUACACCCCUACAACCAGAAAUACCAGGACACUGAACUGUAGACUACACCCCUACAACCAGAAAUACCAGGACACUGAACUGUAGACUACACCAACAACCAGAAAUACCAGGACACUGAACUGUAGACUACACCCCUACAACCAGAAAUACCAGGACACUGAACUGUAGACUACACCCCUACAACCAGAAAUACCAGGACACUGAACUGUAGACUACACCCCUACAACCAGAAAUACCAGGACACUGAACUGUAGACUACGCCCCUACAACCAGAAAUACCAGGACACUGAACUGUAGACUACACCCCUACAACCAGAAAUACCAGGACACUGAACUGUAGACUACACCCCUACAACCAGAAAUACCAGGACACUGAACUGUAGACUACGCCAUCAACCAGAAAUACCAGGACACUGAACUGUAGACUACGCCCCUACAACAAGAAAUACCAGGACACUGAACUGUAGACUACACCCUACAACCAGAAAUACCAGGACACUGAACUGUAGACUACACCCCUACAACCAGAAAUACCAGGACACUGAACUGUAGACUACACCCCUACAAACAGAAAUACCAGGACACUGAACUGUAGACUACACCCCUACAACCAGAAAUACCAGGACACUGAACUGUAGACUACACCCCUACAACCAGAAAUACCAGGACACUGAACUGUAGACUACGCCAACAACCAGAAAUACCAGGACACUGAACUCUAGACUACGCCCAUACAACCAGAAAUACCAGGACACUGAACUGUAGACUACACCCCUACAACCAGAAAUACCAGGACACUGAACUGUAGACUACACCCCUACAAACAGAAAUACCAGGACACUGAACUGUAGACUACACCAUCAACCAGAAAUACCAGGACACUGAACUGUAGACUACACCCCUACAACCAGAAAUACCAGGACACUGAACUCUAGACUACACCCCUACAAACAUAAAUAUUUUACCCCCUUUUUCUCCCCAAUUUUGGUCUUGUCUCAUCACUGCAACUCCCCAACGGGUUCGGGAGGCGAAGGUCGAGUCAUUCGUCCUCCGAAACAUGACCCGCCAAACCGCGCUUCUUAACACCCACUCGCUUAACCCGGAAGCCAGCCUCACCAAAGUGUGGAAACACCGUUCACCUGACGACCGAGGUCAGCCUGCAGACCUACCGGGCCACAACAAGGAGUCUCUAGAGCCCCCACGACCAAACCCUCCCCUAACCCGGACGACGCUGGACCAAUUGUGCGCCGCCCUAUGGGACUCCCGAUCACGGCCAGUUGUGAUACAGCCCAGGAUCGAACCCAGGGCUGUAGUUACGCCUCUAGCACUGCGAUGCAGUGCCUUAGACCGCUGCGCCUCUCGGGAGGCCAAAGUGUAGCACUAUUAUACAUCCUACCACCAUACCACACUUCCCUAUACAAAUCCUAGGACACUAAACUGUAGUGCCCCUCCUUUCCUGGACCCCCGACCACCUCUUACCACCCUAUAGUUCUAACACACCUCUUACCCCCCUAUAGUUCUAACACAGCUCUUACCACCCUAUAGUUCUAACACACCUCUUACCACCCUAUAGUUCUAACACACCUCUUACCACCCUAUAGUUCUAACACACCUCUUACCACCCUAUAGUUCUAACACACCUCUUACCACCCUAUAGUUCUAACACACCUCUUACCACCCUAUAGUUCUAACACACCUCUUACCCCCCUAUAGUUCUAACACACCUCUUACCACCCUAUAGUUCUAACACACCUCUUACCCCCCUAUAGUUCUAACACACCUCUUACCACCCUAUAGUUCUAACACACCUCUUACCACCCUAUAGUUCUAACACACCUCUUACCACCCUAUAGUUCUAACACACCUCUUACCCCCCUAUAGUUCUAACACACCUCUUACCCCCCUAUAGUUCUAACACACCUCUUACCACCCUAUAGUUCUAACACACCGGGCUGGUUGAAUAGAGACAAACAAACACACACUGCUGAGCCCUGCUCUGAUUGAUCUAGCUCAGCUCAGCUCAGCGUGCACACACACACACACACACACACACACACACACACACACACACACACACACACACACACACACACACACACACACACACACACACACACACACACACACUUACCGUUCCACUGGGGCUCCGACCCACUUGCCUGACCCUGCACCGAUCCGCUGCUGACUUGGAAGCCGUCCCGCUUUUAAGUUUUUCUUAAAAACGUUUUUUUUUGCUUCAACGAAGUAAAUGGAUCUGUCCUCACAGUCUUUAUUAUUAUUAUUAAUCCUAUUUCUUUCUAUUUGCUUAUUUGAUUGAGUUGUUUCAGACUGUUAUUUUGAUACACUGUUCUGUGCUGUUAUUAGGGUUGUGACAUGUUUAAUCAGGACCAUGUUAUUUCUUGCCUAUGCAACUCCUUCAGUUUGUACCGCAGAGACAACUCAAACCUCUUGCCACGAGUCCCUCUCCUCACUCUGCCAGAACCUUAAACCUUAACCUUAAGUGUUCCAAGCUGUGGCUUUUUCUCCUCACUUUUUUCUCUUUGUACUAUUAUCCAAUAUAACCAGCUGCCUCUAAACUAGUUUAAAAGGUCACCUACUGUAUAUUGUUAUGUCUAGUGUUUAUACUCCUAUCUUGGCAUUCCUUCCUAUAUGAUCAUGCGUCUGUGUAUACAUACAGUACAUAUUAUCUCUCUCUCUCUUUAUAUAUAUAUGUGUGUAUAUUUGUAUAUAUAUAUAUGUGUGUAUGUGUGUGUAUAUAUAUAUAUAUAUAUAUAUAUAUAUAGAAAGAGAGAGAGCAAACGUAAGAUAUAUAUAUAUAUAUAUAUUUAGAGAGAGAGAGAGAGAGAUAUAAUAUAUAAUACACUGGAAUUUGUUUAAAAAAAAUGUUGAAGUGCCUUUUACUUUCUGAUUAACAUGAGGUUUGGGGACGUCGGUGCGCCCCAGUCCCAGCCCAUGUCCCUGUCCUUGUCCCCUGGACCACACUACUCAGCUGCUCUCAAGCUUUUAUGGAAAACAGGGCACAAGAGACACCAAAACCUUAAUUCCAUCCCUACUGUACUGGCUGUCCAUCCGUCCCUGUCUCCCUUCCUCCACAACGACACCCUCUGUGACCAGUCCUGCCCUGUAUGUCUCCCAGAGAUAUGGCCAUGAUGUGGGCAACAUUCAAUCAAAACCGCUUUCCGGAUUUCCUGGUUAUGAUGACGAUAACAUUCCUCAAGCAUGUUUGGACAUUGACAUAAUGUUCACUAUGUCUUUCACAAGAGUAAGGUGCUAUUUGUCUUACCCGAAGAAACCUGAAGCACGGUUUUGAUUGAAUAGCACCCCAGAUCAGGGUGGUUCAGGGAGGAGGAGUGAGGUUGGAAAUGUGUGAUUGGUUGAUAUGUGUCAGUCAUUUCUGUGUUGGAGUCUGUUCUGUCCUUUAUGGUCUCAGCUCCACUGUCCAGGGGUUUCUACUUGUUAUUACAUGCUUGAUUGUAUCUCAGUUCACACUAUACAUCCACCAAUGAGAGAGAGAGAGAGAGAGAGAGAGAGAGAGAGAGAGAGAGAGAGAGAGAGAGAGAGAGAGAGAGAGAGAGAGAGAGAGAGAGAGAGAGAGAGAGAUCUGCCGUGGCGUUUCACAUUACAGCACCAAAUAAAAUUAACAGUCUUUCGCUGACCAAGUGGAGAAUGUCUGUCUUAUUUUUUUUUAACUAAACAUUUGAAGGCUCUAUUGAUUGAAGCACUAAGGGCUUUUAAAGCGUGGAAUCAAAAAUGUUCUCAUCCACUUCCCCAUUCAUCAUCCUGUCAAAUACAAGAAUAAACCAGUUUGAAUACCUUUCAA